GUACUUAAUGAGGAGUCCCUAGGGCUUUCAAAUUGUUAAAAAUCUUUGUUAAGCGCACCAUUGAAGAUGAGGUCAAAAGACUUCGCUUUUAUUAUCAUAUUAAUCAUCUCAGGAGAACUCUAUGCAGAAGAGAAGCCCUGCGGUCUUCCUCGUGUGAAAAAUGGGAGGAUCGCCUUAUAUUACUAUACUUUUGAAAGUUUCUACUUUCCAAUGAGCGUAAACCAAAAAGUGUCAUUUUCCUGCUUGGCGGGCCACACCACGCUCUCGGGGAAGCAAGAGGAGAAAACGGUGUGCACGGCCGAGGGCUGGUCCCCGGAGCCCUGGUGCUUCAAGAAAUGCACGAAGCCUGACCUGACACACGGGCACAUCCCCGAGGCAAAACUGCUGUACACGGUGCAGGAGGGCAUGCGUUACCGUUGUAACUCGGGGUACAAGACCCCGGGGGGCCGGGACGAAGAGGUCGUGCACUGUCUCGCCGAGGGGUGGUCUUCUCCGCCGGCCUGUAGGAAGGAGCAGGAGACAUGCGUGGCCCCGGACUUGCACCACGGGAAUUAUUCCACGGCGCAGAAGAGGUUCCGCGUGAAGGACCGAGUGCGGUACCAGUGCGACCCCGGCUACUUCACCGCCGGGGGCGGGACCUCGGAGGAGGCCGAGUGUCACUCAUCUGGGUGGUCCCUCCCACCGAAAUGCGCCAAAUUAAACUGCCCUUCUUUAAGAUCAAUAGAAAACAGUUAUUUUCACCCUGUCAAGCAAGCUUAUGAAGAAGGAGAUGUAGUUCAGUUUUUCUGCAACGAAAAUUAUUACCUAAGUGGCUCUGAUCUAAUUCAGUGCUAUAACUUCGGCUGGUACCCCGAAUCUCCUGUAUGUGAAGGGAGAAGGAGCCGCUGCCCUCCUCCACCGCUGCCUCCCAACUCCAAGAUGCCGACCUACUCGGCCACGUACCACCACGGAGAAGCCGUGCGCAUCGAGUGCGACCCGGACUUCGAGAUUCGGGGGUCGGACCAGAUUCGCUGUCACAGCGGGACCUGGACGGAACCUCCCAAAUGCGUUGAAGUGACGGAGAAGGCAGCUUGUGGGCAGCCGCCCCUGGUGGAGAACGGCGCGGCAAACCUCCGCUCCGGGGUGUAUUACAGUGGGGACACAGUGGCGUACGGCUGCCAAAGUGGUUACGACCUCCGUGGACCGAAAGAAAUCACCUGUACCCGUGGGAACUGGACACGCCCCCCCGAGUGUGUGGCAAACAGGGAGACGUGUAAGCCUCCGCCUGACAUCCUACACGGGGCUGUUGUCGGCAGGUUGCUGGUGAGCUACGCAGCGGGCUCCUCGGUGGAGUACAAGUGCCACCAGUACUACUUACUGAAGGGGGAAGGAAGGUCUCGGUGUCAGCACGGCCAGUGGUCCGCCCCGCCUGUUUGCUUAGAGCCGUGCACCGUGAGCGAGGAGGACAUGGAGAGCAACCACAUGGAGGUGAAGUGGAAGUACGCGGGGAAGGUCUUACACGGAGACCUGAUCGAUUUUGUGUGCAAGGAGGGCUUCGACCUGUCUCCAUCCACCCCGCUGUCUGCAUUGUCCGUGCAGUGCGACAGGGGGCACGUGGAGUACCCCCGAUGCGUGAGAAAAGAGUCUAAAGGAACAUGUGCAUCUCCUCCACUGAUUGCAAAUGGAGACAUUGUUCAUGCAAAAUCCGAACCCUAUGAAAACGGCUCCUUGGUGGAAUACAGGUGUUUGCAGUACUAUUUCCUACAAGGGUCUAAAGAGUCCUACUGUUUAGAAGGAGUGUGGACUGCACCGCCCUCCUGUUUAGAGCCCUGCAGACUAUCUUUUACUGAGAUGCAAUCUAACAAUUUGCUCCUGAAGUGGAGUUUCGACAACAGACCGUGGAUUAUCCAUGGCGAGCACGUGGAGUUUGUGUGCCGAGGAGGCAGUUUCCUGCCCCAGUCGUCUGGGUCGGAGUCUGCGCUGAGAGUGGUCUGUGACAGAGGGCAGCUGCACUAUCCCAGAUGCGUCCUAAGAGAAAGUUCACGGUUUUAUCAUCAAGAAGCCUUAAGGACAUAAACUGAGUGGCAGAAAGAAGAAUUGUAUGUCAACACAUCAUGAAAUCCCUUGAGAAACAUAAUUUUUAGGAGAAAAAUACUGGACUAGAAACCUUUCAGUUUUCACUUACCUGCAGGUUCAAAUCUAUAUCAUUUAUGAUGAACAUUUUCUUCACCUGGAAAUAAAAACUAAAACAAGUCUUUGGA